UCAUUUUCUUUCACGGAUAUCCGCUUUAAAUACUGAAAAGAAAAAUGCACGUGGAGUCAUAUCGCUGAACGCAACCGCCACAUUUACCUUGAGUACAGAAGUGAAGUCCACUUACGUGGUGAAAUAAAAUUAUUUAUAACUUACAAGUCAUUACUUGUCAGCCACUAUGUUUUUGCAGUUCUACUUGAACGAGAACGGGGAAAGAGUUUACACUCUGAAGAAGGUGGAUCUAUUGGGUCAGCCCACCAGCUCUGCCCAUCCUGCCCGCUUCUCGCCUGACGACAAGUUCUCCCGGCACCGGGUGACCCUGAAGAAACGCUUUGGGCUCCUUCUCACCCAGCAGCCCAGACCUGUUCUGUGAUUGAAGCAUGGCACCAACUCUCAUCCACUAAGAACUAUAUGCUUGAUUUAUACUACAGGGCUGACCUGAACCAGAGGCCUGCGGCAUCGACUUGGAGAUGUUCAUAUCUCAAUGACCUUUUCAGCAAAGUUACAGCAACUGAUGGAUGUGAACUGGUACAGCUCAGCAUGGCCCUGUAGUGUCAAUCAGGAUUUGAAGUAUCAUCAGUUGGUUUGAAAGAUCCUGUGAUUCAUUGUUUAAGACAUUGGCCCAGAGGGGUGCAGAUGGGUUUUAAGAUUGUAUGUAUGGCUUUGGAUCAGUCUGAAAAAUCUGUUCAUACUACAUUUUAGCUUGAUCUUUUCAUGUUCUUUGCCUCUCAGACUGAAUAAAAUUUUUAUAUUUCAUUUCAAUAUGCAUACAAAACAAAUGUAUCUUUUUGGACUGUUGCAAUAUGAUUGUCCUUAAUCCAUAUAAAUGUGGUUUCAGUUUAAAGAUGAACUGUUAAAUAGUGUAAUGGUCAGCUUUUUUUUUUUGAGAAUAAAAUGGUGAAAACUA